AUGCCUAAGCUGGUGAACCAGUUCGGUGCCGAUGCCGUGGCAGACGCACUGCAUCACAUCUAUCGAACCUGGCCGCUGCCGAGACCCAAUAGCACAGAGCGUGUGACGAGAGAAAAAACAACAAACAUGGUGAUCGAACGCAUGGAAGAGAAAGCUAAAGAAACCACUAGCACUCGAAGUCGAACGGUAUCCCGAGCAAAGAACGAAUUCAUGAUUCACCGCGCUAGAGUGACGCCCAGUGGCAUAUACCUCGAAGGGCCAUUUGUGGAGCCGUCCAAUCGAGUGUUGCGAAAGUAUGCUGAGUCGACAAACCAUUUCCUACGGGUCGUCUUCAGUGAUGAAGACGGAGGGCGCAUACAGGUCGACCCAGACUACGAUGAUAGGUCUGAUAUCCCCGGGAAGUUCCUCUCGGUUAUGACUAAGGGGGUUAAGAUCUGGGGCGGAAGCUUGUAUGAAUUCCUUGGGUUCUCCCAUUCAUCCCUCAGGGCUGCUUCGUGCUGGUUCAGUGCACCAUUCAUCCAUGAUCGAGGAUUGAUCCAUACACCACACAUCAUUGCCCAGCUAGGCGACUUCUCCAAACUCCGAUCGCCUGCGAAAUGCGCAAGUCGAAUUGGACAGGCAUUUUCAGACACCACCAAAGCUCUCACACUCCCUAAGUCAAUGUACUCUCGCGCCCUUGACGUAAAGCGGAAUGGGUACUGCUUUAGUGACGGGUGCGGUACCAUAUCUCCGUCUUUGCUUUCCAAGGUCUGGAAAACGUACGGUCUGAGGCAGCCCGUCAAACCCACGAUUCUUCAAAUUCGGUUCAACGGGGCGAAGGGUGUCGUCAGUCUCGACUCAUCGAACCCCCAAGAGACGCUGACUCUUCGGCCUUCAAUGUGGAAAUUCGAUGCACCUCACGAUUGGGAUAUCGAAAUCUGCGAAGGAAAUUUCAGGCCCGGCCCGGCCUUUCUGAACCAUCAGACCAUCAAAAUUCUGGAAGAUCUGGGUGUUCCCACUGCUUCUUUCCUGAAGCUCCAGUCCGACGCGAUGGCCGAGCUCCAGGCUGUGGCUUGCACUGCCUGGAGAGCAUCCGACCUUUGGCUGAAACGGUCAUUCUCGGAGGCCGGUGGCGUCCGGACUCUUCUCGAGACCUGCCAAGUCAUGGGCUGUAAAAUCGGCGAGGACCCAACGCUCCGAAAGUUGAUCGAGUUUGCGAUCCUUUUCGAGGUCCGCGAAAUGAAGUAUCGUGGACGUAUUCCGGUCAAAGAAGGGUCUCACGUUUUUGGCAUUAUGGAUGAGUACGGGGUCCUGGAGGAAGGCCAGGUUUAUGUGGUCGGUGUCCCAGUCGUUGUGACUCGCGCACCGACACUGUUUCCGGGAGACAUCCAAGUUGUCGACGCUAUUGAUGUGCCAGAGGAUUGCCCACUUCGAGAGCUCUCUAACUGUAUCGUCUUCCCACGGAAAGGCGCGCGGGAUAUUCCUAGCAUGCUCUCUGGCGGAGACCUUGAUGGCGACGAGUUCACCGUGUUCUGGGACUCUCACUUGAUACCACCCACGCUCGAACAACCGGCGGACUUCCCUAGAGCCAUUGCUCACGAUCUUCAACAGGUCACGAAUCAGGAUAUGGCCGAAUUCUUUGUCCGGUUUAUGACCAGUGAUAAACUCGGCAGCAUCGCGACGAAGCAUAAGGUUCUCUGCGAUCAGAAACCUGAAGGAAGCCGCCAUGGAUACUGUGAGAUGCUCGCCAAACUACAUUCCGAUGCAGUUGACUAUAGCAAGAGUGGAGUUCCUGUUGAGAUGCGGAAAAUCCCUCGAGGACUCAACAAACUCGCAUCGUUCCGACCCGAUUUCAUGCAACCAGCUCCCCCGAUACGACUGCUAAGCGAUGUCACCCUGCUAGAGGCGAUCGAGAUAGGGGUCUACGAAGAAAUGGUGGUUGACCUCAUGCUCACCUUCUCCGUGUCGCCAUCCACCCCCUUAAACAAAUUCGAAAUCGUUGCGGGCAAGAUUCUCGGAAGGUCGGAUGGGCAGCAAGGCCGGGUCGUCCGAGAAACGACCAUCCAACUUCGGCAGGCGUACGAUUCAGAGUGCUGGUGGAUUCGCGACUGGAUCAUCAGCGGUGAACAGGGCGUGGAACAUCCGGAGUACACCUUGGAGUCUCUCCGUCGUGCGCUCGCGUGCUUGUGGGCCAGUACGAAAGAAAAAGGGACUCUGUGGCAAGGCGUGGGAAAGCUGGAAUCUUUCUGGAUUCUCUCUGCUUCCGUUGCAUUGCAACUACUUGAGAAGUACAAGACGGGUGUCUUUAGGUAA